AUGCAGGAAGGCGUGACGCUGGGCGACGUGGCCGUGAGGUUCUCCUGGGCGGAGUGGCAGCUCCUGGACCCUGCUCAGAAGGCCCUGUACUGGGACGUGAUGCGGGAGAACUACGACCACCUGGUGUCCAAUCCCAAGGCCAAGGCGGCGUUGUCCAAGUCUCCUGUGAUUUCUCGUGAACAGGGUGUCACGUCCGCAGACCCGACGCGCUCUCCGUGUUGGAACCGGGAGGACCACCGUGGGCCCCGUCGGACGAAAGCCGCCGCGGGGUCUUCCCAGGGAAGCCAGUCUUCGUGGCAGACAGAGGACAGCUCCCAGGCCGUCCAGGCGAAGGAAGCGGCACGAGAACCCGGUCGGUGCACGGCUGGGUCCUGGGCGCGGGUCAGGCGCACCUUCGCUCUCCAGGCCUCCCACCCUGCAGGCUCUCUGUACUUCUCGGCUCUUUGCCGCGUCCACACGGCUUACAUCUGGGAAGUUGAUGGACGUCUGCUCGGAUGUGAGGAGAAGACAAGCAGGGUGGACAGAAGGACGCAGGGCUGGGACGAUCGUCCCCUGGGAAGCUCAGCCCGUCCCCGCCAACGUCCUUCUCUGUCGAGGGGAGAUCUCGGGGAACAGGACCCCCACGGAGAAGCUACACAAUCAGCUUUGACCCCGCCGGCUGUUGGCCAGAGCAGGACCGAGGUAACGACGGACUCCGCUGGGCCCCGCGAGCACGGCCACCCCUUCCUCCUUGCUGACCGCGAGCCGUGUCCGGACGCGAGCCGCCCUGACAUCCGGACGGCCAGCAGCUCCAAGUCCCAGCACCCGAAGCCGCAGCCCGUGGAGAAGCCGCACGCCUGCGGCCAGUGCGGCAAAGCCUUCAUCAAGAGGUCAUUUCUCACCAACCACCAGAUCGUCCACACGGGCGAGAAGCCGCACCGCUGCAGCCUGUGCGGGAAGGCCUUCACGAAGAAGUUCAAGCUCACCGAGCAUUACCGGACCACGCACAGAGGGCAGAAGCCCUACGGCUGCCCGGAGUGCAGCAGAAGCUUCUUCGAGAAGGCGGACCUCGUCAUCCACCAGCGCACACACACGGGCGAGAAGCCCUUCGUGUGCGGGGACUGUGGCAAGGGCUUCAUCCAGAAGGGGAACCUCGUCAUCCACCAGCGCACACACACGGGCGAGAAGCCGUACGUGUGUGGGGACUGUGGCAAGGGCUUCAGCCAGAAGGCCUGCCUCGUGGGCCACCGACGGUUUCACACGGGCCAGAGCCCCUUCGUGUGCAGCGUCUGUGGGAAGCCCUAUUCCCAGAAGUCGGGCCUCAUCAGCCACCAGAAGAGCCACACGGGAGAGAAACCCUUCAGGUGCGGUGACUGUGGCAAGGCCUUCAACACGAAGCCGAAGCUGCGGGUCCACCAGCGAUCGCACACCGGGGAGAUGCCCUACGGCUGCAGCGAGUGCGGGGAGACCUUUGCCUACACAUCCUCCUUGUACGUGCACAGGAGGAAACACAGCCGGGAGAAAGGCGGGGGUCCCCACCCGGCCGCAGCCAGCCACGCCUCGUCACUGGGCAGCGACAGCAAGCAGAAGGCCGCCGGGGACAGCAGGACUCUGCAGGUACCCACGCAGGCGUCGGUCAGCGUCGUCGGAGGGCUGCUGGCCCACGGGAACGUGGUCCUGGUGGGACAGCCACUCGCCAGGCGUGAGCCCGCCGGCGGGGACAGAGCAUUGGAGCGGGGCGGUGUGCUCAUGAAUGCGGUGAACGUGCUGGUGUCCGGGAAUGCCGUGAACGUGGCAGUGCCCUCCGUCAGCUGCAUCUUAUUUUGCACCACGCAAAACCCUCAGGGCAUGCUUAGCUAG